ACGAGGGCGAAAUCGCGUCGGUCCGUACGGUACACACACGUCUUGUAUGUACCGCUUUUUGUGACAGAUGUUUUGCGCGAUUAAUCCGCUUUGUUAAUUCGCGGUCGCGCGGUCGCGAGCGUGUGCAAGAGUACGCGCAAGUGUGCCCCCUUCUCCCGCGGGUCCCACGCGCGCUUAAGAAGCCACGCGUCACCGCCCGUCGCGGUGCUGUCAUCGUGCACGAAGAGUCGACAUCCAUCGAGAGAGUCCGGAGCAGAGACAGAGAAGGAGAGACAUCAGGAGAGACGGAAAGAGAGAGCGAGCGAGGGAGCACCGAAGGAAGGAGAACGCGCUUCGUCAAAUGUCUCGCGGACGAGACGGUUAGAUAUCUUCCUUCGUUGGCGAGCGGAGAGGAAGAGAGAAAGAGAGAGAGAGAUAAAGAGAGAGGUAGAGGGUGAUAGAGAGAGGGAGAGAGACGGAGAGACUCGGCCAGCUGGUCUUGCAGGUUCGUUGGGGCCCCGUCACGAACGCCAGGAAGCAUCGUCCGCGCGAGGAUCGCCCGGGAGGAUCGUUGGGGGGAGCGAUAAUCAUCGCUCGGCGAAGCUCGGCCUGCUCGGCCGCGACGUGCCCGUGCCAUCAUCGGCGACGACAAUGGCAAAGACGUACGAUUAUUUAUUCAAGCUGCUGCUGAUCGGCGACUCCGGCGUCGGCAAGACCUGCGUCCUGUUCCGGUUCUCCGAGGACGCGUUCAACACCACCUUCAUCUCGACCAUCGGCAUUGACUUUAAGAUCCGUACCAUCGAAUUGGACGGGAAGAAAAUCAAGCUACAAAUAUGGGACACCGCUGGACAAGAGAGGUUUCGCACCAUCACCACGGCGUACUAUCGUGGCGCGAUGGGAAUCAUGUUGGUGUACGACGUUACAAAUGACAAAAGUUUUGAAAAUAUAAAAAACUGGAUUCGCAAUAUAGAGGAGAACGCGUCGGCGGACGUGGAGAAAAUGUUGUUAGGCAAUAAGUGUGAGCUUACAGACAAGAGGCAAGUGACUAAGGAAAGGGGCGAGCAACUGGCUGUGGAGUACGGCAUUAAGUUUAUGGAAACCUCGGCGAAAUCUAGUAUCAAUGUGGAAGAGGCUUUUUAUACUUUGGCGCGCGAUAUCAAAGCAAAAAUGGAAAAGAAACUGAAGGAGGCAUCGAAUCCACCGAAAGGCGGCGGCCAUCAGUUGAAAGCUUCAGAACCACAGAGGAAGCCACCUAGUUGGCUCGCCCGUUGUACUAUACUCUGACCCCCCAAAUAUUUUCAACUGUUCAAGGAGGCGCAUCUAUUUACUAUCAUUAUUUACUUAUGUUCAUUUCGUCGAACAAAACCGAUGUUCUGUGGAACUUUUCACAUCCCAAGUAUCGGGUAUAGUGGGUUUAUUCCUUGACAAUGAAACGUUAUCGCAUCGUAUUAAAGACUCAGAAAUUAUUUGCAUGAAUGUAUAUUUUUUUUUGCCGAAGAAACCCUCAGAGGAGAAAGUAUUAAAACAUUUUAUUAUAGAGAAGAAAGUGCGUGUCGUUUUAGUUAAUAAUGCAACAGCUACAGAGUUUGUUAUGCAAAUAUUCUACUUGUUAAUCAGUAUAAUUAAAUGGACUUAGGUGAGAUAGUUCCGCGGUAAUUUAAGUUGACCGGGAUCUAAUGAUGUGAUCUAUAUCUUAUCGUGUUUCUUAAGAAGUUUACUGGUGUAAUUUAUUAAAUCAGGUCAGAUGUGAUAUAUUAAACACACAAUGAACUUCUCCUCUGGUUUUCUUGUAUCAAGGGUAUAAUGGUUGAUUUUUUUAAUCGAAAAAUCACUAUUAAGUGUAAAAGUACGUGUUACUUAAUUUUUAUGGCAAUGGGAUGAAGUAUACAACUUCUUAUGCACGAAAUUCUGUAAUUCAUAUUUCAACCUGAUUUACAUCGUGUGUGUUUCUCUUAUCGGAGGACCAUGUGUCUUUAAAAGUAUAUAUAUAUACAUAUAUAUAUGAUAUAUGUAGAAACAUACAUCACACCGUACAACAUCACAUACAAUGACUAAAAAUAAGAAAAAAAAAUAAGAUUAAGCAGUAUAGGUAUCACGAUCGUUUUUAUACUGUUACUAAGCAGAUAUAGCUUUUUCACAAAAUUAACGGAAAAACGUAAAGUGUACUAGAGCAUUAAUUGACGUAACUAAAAUGCCUUGUGACGAAUUGAACAAGAACUUUUAUAGAGACAAUUUUGUUAUAUCACGGAUAGUCAUAGAAUUUUUAUUAGGUCUAAAAAAAAAAAAAGAAAAAGAGUGGAACGAGCAAUGAGUACGCGAAGCUUAUCUUCCGGCGGAUUUACUUUGCAUAUAGAAAUAGGGAUCAUUUACAGGGAUCUGCAGUAAAAGAAAAAAAAAAAGAAUAAACAAAUCUAUUUCGUUCGCUGGUUGUCAUGAUGUGCAUCUUGCAAGUUUGCAUUUUUACCAUCAAAACUUGUUCAACUUAUACUUAAAUAUACAAACGAUUAUUAUAAUACAUUUUUUAUUAAUCCUGUA